CAUCACUGGUCCAUCUGUAGUUCCUGGCUACUUCUCAGUUGAAGCUGAAAACAUUGUGCUGGUUCUGAAUGGAAGAGAAAAAGCAAAGAUCGCUUACGCCACUCAGUGGUUGCAUUACGCACAAACGUUGAUUCAGACUCACAAAAUACAGAAAGUGGCGGUUGUGCUGCUUGGAAACGAGCAGUGUAACAAUGAAUGGAUUCAGCCGUACCUGAAAAGACAUGGAGGUUUUGUAAAUCUGCUCUUUGUUACAUAUGACUAUGCGUUGGUAAACGAAGAAGAUAUUUUCCAGUGGCCUUUGGGAGUAGCUACCUACAGAAAUUUUCCGGUUGUAGAACCCAGCUGGUCAAUGCUACAUGAUCCAAGAUCAUAUCUAUGUAAUUUCUUAGGAACAGUUUAUAAGAACUCUUCUAGAGAAACCCUAAUGGAAAUUCUGAAGCAGGACGGGCUUGAUAAACUUUGCUGGAUUGCAGCCAGAGAACAGUGGCAGCCUCAAGAAACAAAUGAAAGUUUCAAAAACUAUCAAGAUGCCUUGCUGCAGAGUGAUUUGACAUUGUGCCCAGUGGGAAUAAAUACAGAAUGCUAUAGAAUUUAUGAAGCUUGUUCAUAUGGAUCUCUGCCUGUUAUAGAAGAUGUAAUGACACUGGGUGAUUGCGGAAAUUCAUCAAUGUACCACAGCGCUCCAUUACAAUUAUUAAAAACCAUGGGGGCUCCAUUUAUCUUUAUUAAAAACUGGAAAGAGCUUCCUGCUGUUCUAGAGAAAGAAAAAAAAAUAGGCUUACAAGAAAAGAUUCAAAGAAGAAAAAAGCUUAUGGAAUGGUAUCAAAACUUCAAAGCAUGGAUGAGACAAAAGUUCAUUAAUACAUUGGAAAAUUCAUUUUUGCCCAGUGAUAAAGGAUAAAUGGUCCCUUUUGAAAAUCUAGAAUAGAUUGAAAGCUGAAUUUCCAUUAACCUUCCGAGGAAGCUUUUAUACGAGAGGAAUCUCACAGGGCGGAUUCAUUCCUUUUGAAGUCAGCAGAAUUGCAGUAGCUUAGUCAAGAGCUACAUUUGGCCCUCCAUCCUUAACAAUGUUCAGAGAGGAUGCUGACUUAGCAGGAUGGUAGUCUGUAAGGGUGACAACAAUUUUAUUAUUAUUUUUACAAUUUCCAUGUUGGUGUGUGAUCUGGUGAAGUUUUUUUUAAGAUAAUAUCUCUUUCAGCACAUGAACUUGUUAAGAUCCAACAUGAGUACAAUAGUUAUGUUUGAAGAAAGCAGAAGAAUGAAAGCUGUGUGGUACGGCGUUAUUUAUUCUGUAAAGUAAAGAAGAAAAGUAUGAUUAUAGCAAAAUUGCCAGGUUUAGCACAAUCAUUAAGAUACAUCCUGGUAAGUGAUUGUUUUGAAAAUGUGAGCUCUCUACUUGAUGGACAUUUCAUUUCCAAGAAAGUGGCUAUAAAGCUGAUUAAACACUGUGGAAUAAAAAUGUACGUUUCAAGGUAAAAGCAGAGAACUCUUUCUUAGAAAUAUUUCAUAGCAAUAUAUUUCCCCUUUAAUUUUAGAUAUCAAAAUUGCUUUCUUCCUUUUCGUUUAGUUUUGGGACAUAUCUUUCUGAAGUUCUGCUGCGGGAACAUUCAUUACCUGCAGUCGCAGCUGCGCGUUCUGAACACCAGGCCUUAAACAUGAAUUUGCUUGUAGCUGAUCUGAUUUCUCAAAAUCUGCUGAAACUUGUCAGCUCCA